AUGAUUUCCUCUUUGUGUUUGUUGGGGGCACUCAGCGCUCUAAUAUGGCUUCCAGGUUCACUGGAGGCCAAAUCUUUGCUGAGGUUGGUUCCCGUCGGUGACGUCGGUAUCGAUCCGGAGAAGGCCAAUGACUUUCUGAGCCACUCCAGGCCCAAGAGGAACCUGGACCCCAAAUGGUACCGAGGGAACCCGGACUUCCAGUCGUACUACCGAUACUACAGCAGCAUUGGACACACUGAAGGGCUUUAUGAAAUCGACAAGCUGAGGAUGUUGUACCAGCAGAUGAGGCACUUGGAGCAGACGUACGGUCCCAACGCCUCGUAUUUCCAGAACAAGCUGGGGGUCCCCCAGAUCAUGUGCGACCCCACCACGGACAAGAAGUGCAAGGUGGUCGCUCCGCCACCUCCUCCGCCAAUGAAAGGCAUCCCCAAGGUCACAGAGGCACCCGCCACCACGCCCCCUCCCCUUCCCCGUGCCCCCACCAUCUCCCAGGCCGACGUCCUCUACCUGUGCAACACUAAGGACCCCCUGUGCAAGCCCCACAUCGUGUACCUGCCCACUGGCGCCGUGCCUGUCCUCUGUGACCCCCGUUACCACCCUCACUGCUCUCCCCAGAAGGCGCCACCCGCCCCGGCUGUGGCACCUCAGCUGCCGCCGCCCCCGAAGAAGUUUGUGCCACCGCCCAUCCUGGUCAAAAAGUCCCCCCUGCCAGCCCCCAUUCGCUCCUUCAAGGGCAUGGAGUACGACUGCGACCCGUAUUGGGACCCCGACUGCUUGAUCGACCACCCGCCCAGACCCCUCAAGGGUAAAGUGAUGGGACCCCCGCCCCCACCUGUGGAAGAGAAGGAGGAACCUGUGGAGGAACCUGCGCCGCCUCCUCCUCCGCUCAUCCAGAAGAAAGGCAACCCCUUCCCCUACUACUACGCCCCCCAGCCCUACAACCCUCUCGACGAGCUAUAUGACCCAGCCCGUUUCCAGUACCCUCAACCGGAAGUACCCGCGGACGAGCCGGAAACAAAAUAG